AAGUUUCGCGGCUGUCCGCGCCCAAUUUCUCAUUCUUCUUCUUCAACUUCGUCGUCUUCUUCUUUUUUCUCAACCACUGCCACUAGCUCUCAGUUCCAGUGCUGCUCAAAUGCGCUUUCACUCCAUCGCUCAGAACCUGGACGAGCUCUAAUCGGCGUGCAAACACUCCUCCAGAGGUAACUAAGGAAGUUAGCCAUGGCCCCAUCAAGAAUAUCAAGAAGUAUAAAUAAGCGGUUUUCUUAUAUGAAUGAGGCUGCUUCUAACAAGUACGGAGAGAAUGCUAACAAAACUGGGCAGAAAAAGAGAAAGUUGUCUGCCAUGUUAGGGCCUCAAUGGACCAAGGAAGAGCUAGAGAAUUUCUAUGAAGCAUAUCGUAAGUAUGGGAAAGAUUGGAAGAAGGUGGCUUCUGUAGUUCGUCACCGAUCUGUGGAAAUGGUGGAGGCCCUUUACUCUAUGAAUAAGGCCUAUUUAUCUCUUCCUGAGGGCGUUGCUUCUGUGGUUGGCCUAAUAGCAAUGAUGACUGACCACUAUUGUAUACUGGGAGGAAGUGACAGUGAACAAGAAAACAAUGACGAUGCAGAAACCUCUAGGAAACCCCAAAAGCAUGCAAGGUCAAAACUUCGGAGUGAGUCCUCAAAAGAAUUAGAAGGACAUAUUCCAGAUUUUUCAGAGUCCCAUCCAAUGGCAUCAACUAGUGACUGCUUGUCACCGCUGAAGAAUAGGCGCUCAGGAAUAAGGCCUCAUGCUGUUAAAAAAAGGACUCCUCGAGUCCCUGUUGCAUAUUCUAAUGAUCAAGAUAAUAGUAGAAAGUAUUCUCCGCCUGCCAGGCAAGGUUUAAAACUCAAUGUGGAUGCUAACAAUAAUGAUGUUGCUCAUGAGAUAGCAUUGGCAUUGACUGAGGCCUCGCAUAGAGGUGGUUCUCCCCUAGUUUCUUGGACGCCUAAGAGAAAAGCCAAAGGCACUACACCAUCACCUGUUCGGAAUGGUGAAAGGAUGCGUGCAGAAUCAGAAAUGACUAAUGCCAGGCUCCAUGGUUGUGAAAUGGAUGUGGGUGGUUGUGAAUUAAGCUUAGGUAGCACUGAAGCUGACAAUGAUUACUAUGACAGAAAUGAAAAGUACGCAAUGGGUAGAGAAGGGACUGGUACUCUGGAAGUUCAGCAGAGGAGGAAGAGAUACUUUGUAAAGAAGAAAGAAGUUGACGAAAGUAAAAACGAACAUGUUGAGUUCAUAAAAGAAGCUUGCAGUGGAACAGAGGAAGGACAUAAAUUAGGUGCUAUCAAAAGAAAACUUGAUACUAAAGUUGCGAAAAGUGCUAGGUCCUUCUACAAGGAUACAAGAAAGAAAAGUAAAAAAGCUCUGGUUGGAGGAGUUGUGCAGAUGUCAAACCUUAUUAGAAGUCGUAAGGCGGUGACGACUGCACAGAGUUCGCCUCCCCCGGCUCAGCCGUCAGCUGCCAAUGCUCCAGCACAAAUGGACCACUUGCCGGUUGGUCCCGGGGUCUCCCAUGAGCCAGCGUCAUCAGCGUCAUCAGUGGCGCAACCUGUUAGCGUCAGGCGUCGUCACCGUCCCCCCAGCACGACCGACACAACAUCGACAUCUGCUACUGGUGCGUCGCAGUCAAACAGUCAGGUGAUUGCUUUGACAGCGAAGGUGGCCAAGCUUGAGACCCAACUUGCCUCGUUUAGUACUCAGAUGUCACAGUUUCUAGAGUCCCUCACUCGGUCCGGCAUUCCAAUCUCGCAUUUUGGUCCCUUGUAGACCUCCGAGCCCUUCCAACCCGAGCUUGGCCAUCACACCUCCACCCUUGUCGACAAUGUCCAGACCUCCGAGCCGCAUUUGCAAGACGACCACGUAGAUUU